AUGGCAUCCAAGGAAGAGACCCCUGUCCCCACGAAGAAGCUGAUUACACAGUAUGGGUUGGACUUCAAUGCAUCCACUUUUGACUGGAACACCGUAAAAUCGGAGAACCUGCUGUACAAAUGUUUGGAUUCAAACAGAUGCAACCCUACUAGUGGUGCAAUUUUGGCACAUGCCAAAGAACAGGUUGACAACAUGCAACGUCAUGUUGGAGGGGCUUUCAACAGGUCUAAACCUUUGAAGCCGCCAUUUUUUGUUUAUGUUGUGGCUGGCCGGGCUGAUCAGCCGCGCUGGGCCGCUUGCUCCCACGUGGUCGAGUUUGACAAGGAGCAGGUAGAACGGAACCCCAAUGUUUGUGGAGUCUUCAAAAAGUUUGCAGCAGUCAACCCUUCAGAUGCGGAGAAGGGGUGUCAUGCCUUGUUUGCAAAAUAUGGCUACACAUGCCCAAUCCACGUUGAGCAGGUCAAGUUGUCUGAGCUACGGGCACUUUCAAAGUUUCCCUUUUUGAAACUUAGCUCGUGGGCCCAAUGGUUGCUGGACACCGGCCGUAUUUGGAGGCUGUUCUGUGGUUGCAAAUCUUUGUCGACCAUGAAGGUAGUUUUGACGGAGUUUUGGGCCCGCUACAGGGCACUUUAUCCUCAACAUGAAGUGUUCGGUCUUGAGGGAUUAGACCUGUCAGUCACUAUUCCCUACUACAGUCACCAAGAUGAAGGAAGGGGCUACAAGCACCAGGCAAUCUGGGUGCUUUCUGUUCACGGCUGCCUUGGCAGGGGGACCCAUGAGUACAUUAGAAGAGGCAAGCAUCAGGUUGACGUUCAGAACAUGGAGUUCGGGUGCAACUUCAUAGGCAAUACAUGGUCCACCCAAUUUUUGCUAUGUACCAUGAGCAAGUCGGUGACCCACAAGUGCCCAGGAGCCAUGAACCGAAUCGUGGAGCUCUUCGCGGAGGAUUGUGCGAAGCUGGCCAGGGAAGGGUUGUGUAGCAAAGAUGGGACUAUUAGAAUCCACAUGGUGCACCUCUCCACAAAGGGUGACCUACCAGCCCUUGCAAAGUUGGGAAGUUUGACCCGGACCUUCUCUCAUGUUCCAAGGGCUGCCAGCAGUAGGAAAGCCUCAGGAGGGAUAUGCCACUUGUGUCUUGCAGGUCAGGAGGCAAAUGCUGCAGGACAACAGGCAUUUCCGUAUGAGGAUUUUUCCGUUUCCCCAAGUUGGUUGGGUACCGUCGAAACUGUGGCCCCGUGGGCACAACGGCCCUCAGUGUUGAGAGGUGCAUUGGUUGACCCGAGGAAGACAGCCCAUUUUUUCUCAUGUGACUUCUGGCACAAUGUGCAUUUAGGAUGUGGGAAGCAUUGGGUGGCCAACUCCUUUGUGUCGGCAAUUGAGAGGCUGCAGUUUUGGCCAGGGCAAUCUGUGGAGUCAAAGUUUGAGCUGUUGACCACAGAGUUCAAGUCGUUUUGCCGCCAGAACCACUUGUCGCCACAUAUGGAUGAAAUUUCACGGGCCACGAUGGGAUUCCCCCAAGGUAGUGCUUGUCCACUUGGACAAUGGUCCAAAGGAGUCGUCACCACCCAUUUCAUGAAGUUUUUGGAAUGGUUUUGCGACAAGCACAAAGAGGAGAUCAAAUAUGAUGAGGUCAUGACAACCAUUGCUUGGGGCACGAAGUCAAUGAAUCGCGUGAUGAGCUACAUGUAUUCAGCCGGUUUCUGGCUGCCUCGGGACCGUGCCAUAAAGCUGGGUCAAUUGAUCCAAGUCUUUGUGCAUUGCUAUUCCCAAUGUGCAGUCAUGGCACACCGUGCCAACAAGAACCGAUGGUCUUUGGUUCCCAAACUUCAUUUCAUCCACCAUGAUGCUUUGCGUUUGAUGUUUCCACCAGUUGGGGUGCAUUGGCUGUUGUCCCCAUUAGGGACUUCAGUUCAGAUGCAGGAAGAUUUCGUGGGCAGGCCCAGCCGCUUAAGCAGGCGUGUGGCGGUGCCCCAAAUGCAUAGGCGCGUUUUAGACCGCAGUUUAAUUAGUGCAUAUCGGGAGAUUGAGGCAGCAGAUAGGGAUGAGCGAGGGCUCAUGUGA